AUGAAAAUAAAAUUAUUCUUCCUCUUCGCCCUAUUGGGUUCCAAUGCGGUGGUAAAUGGUUUCACAGUCAAAGGCGGUAACAGCGGUGGUUUAUCGGCCAAACUUUGUGCCGCGGGUAAAACGCAAUUCUGUGUUACGCCAGCGCCACCCGUUGUUGCACCUACAACAACAUCAACAGGAUCGGUAACUACGGGUACUACACCAACCACGACAGCUACUACUCCGACAACAGCUACAACACCCUCUACAGCUACGACUCCGACAACAACGGGAACCGGUACAGCAACGCCCACUACCACAGGAACCGGUACCGCAACAACGCCAACUGGUACGGGAACUGCACCUACCACUGGAACAACACCACCCACUAGCCCCACAUCUCCAACAGCUACAUCUUCACCUGCUACCUCAGAAGCACCUGCCACCUCAGCGCCUGAUACUUCAUCUCCUGACACCUCAGCACCUGCCACCUCCCCGCCUGCAACAUCUUCACCCGCUGCCAGUCCUACUGAUCCUCCAGCCUCUACCCGUUCUGAGGCUCUAGAGGAGGCUCUUGAAGAAGUCGAUAACAAUGAAAUUCAGGAGAAUGAAGAUGACUCUGCUGUAGCCAUCGCUCAUGAUGAUGCUGACGCCGAUGCCGACGCUGACGUCGCCGCCGCCGAAGACGAUAGCGAACGUGCCAAGCGUCGCCGUGUGAGAAAAAUUCGUCGUAACCGUCGUUUGAGACGUAAUCGCAAUCGUAAAAUACGUCGUAAUCGUAAGAUACGCCGCAAUCGUAAGAUACGCCGUAAUCGUAAGAUAAAUCGUAAUCGCAAGAUACGCCGCAAUCGCAGAAAGCGUCUGCAAAGACGUCGCCGCCUGGCACGCCGUAACAGGAGGAGAAACAGGAUGGGUUAA